AAGCCGUCUCCGCCCUCCAGGGGCAAGGGGCCGCGGCGUCCGCCAGGGGCCCGUUUCGAACCGGCGGGAAAGGUCGUUGACGGCCGGAGCAGGUGCGGGGACAUGGUUGUGUCGCCGCCAUGUCUUCAUGUCUAGCCUAUUUCUCCACAGCCCCAUGGAGCCAGAGGAGACGGCGGGGAGGCAGCCCAAGAAGGGCAAGAAGAGGAGGCGGGCCGGGGCAGCAGAGCCGGUGACACCCUCUGGUGGUCUCGAGGACGGCCAGUCCCGGGCCAAGAAAGCAUGCUUAUCUGCCAUUUUAUAUGGUGAAAAUUGUGAAGUAACUUACAGUCAGCUGUGUGAAUUGCUCAAGUAUGCAGUUCUGGGUAAAUCCCAUGUUCCUAAACCCAGCUGGUGCCAGCUUUUACACCAAAACCACCUGAACAAGGUGGUGGUUUUUAUCCUGAAGGGAAUGAGUCAGCUUCUCUUCUACAGGUUCUAUUUGGAGUUUGGAUUUCUCCGAAAGACAUUCAAACAUAAAUUUCACUUGCCUCCUCCAUCAUUGAAUUUUCUAUCAGACAUCAUUGGGAUGCAAAAUAAAAAAGCAGCUGGAGAUUGGCCCAUGGCUACUCAAGAAACAUUAUUUCCUGCCAGUUCAAAAGUCAGUAUUAACCUACAGAAUAACCCCAUUAUUCAGAAAUAUGGUUGUAAGAAAGUGGGCUUGACCAGAUGCCUUCUGACAAAGGAGGAGAUGAAAACAUUUCACUUUCCAUUACAAGGUUCUCCUAACUGUGAAAACUUUAUACUUACUAAGUGUAAUGGUUCUGUAACAGACUGUAGUCCCCUCUUUGGACUUGACUGUGAAAUGUGCCUCACAUCCAAAGGGAGAGAACUAACACGUAUUUCUCUGGUUGCUGAAGGAGGGUAUUGUGUUAUGGAUGAACUGGUUAAACCCGAUGACAAGAUUCUGGACUACCUCACCAGUUUUUCAGGAAUCACAAAGAAAAUUCUCCACCCAGUGACGACCAAACUCAAAGAUGUGCAGGCACACUUAAAAGAACUGCUUCCUCCUGAUGCUGUGUUAGUGGGCCACUCCCUAGAUGUGGAUCUCAGAGCACUGAAAAUGAUACACCCAUAUGUUAUUGAUACCUCAUUGCUUUAUGUUGGAAAGCAAGGCAGAAGAUUUAAGCUAAAAUUCUUAGCCAAAGUUAUUUUGGGGAAGGAUAUACAGUGCCCAAAUAUGCUUGGUCAUGAUGCCAUAGAAGAUGCUAGAACAACCCUUGAAUUGGCUCAGUAUUUUCUUAAGUAUGGACCAAAGAAGGUUGCAAAGCUCAAUCUGGAGGCAGUAGCUUGUCUCCAAGAAGUGAAAACAGCAGCCCAACAGCCAAGAAAUAUGACUGGACUUUUUCAGCACCCAAAAACAAGUGUUUUAGAAUGCCUGGAGUCAGUGGGUCAGAAGCUCCUUUUCUUGACCCAGGAUAAUAAUGAAUUUUCUUCUCAAAACUGUCGAACUAUUAAGUGCCUUUCAAAUAAAGAGGUUCUUGAGCAAGCCAGAGUGGAAAUCCCUUUGUUUCCUUUCAGCAUUGUCCAGUUUUCCUUUGAUCCCUUCUCAUUCAUCCCCUCGGAGGACACGAAGAAAAGAAUGAUGAUCAAAUGGAUGGAGAUGUCAACUGUCUAUGCUGGGCCAUUUAGCAAAAAUUGUAACCUUGUGGUUCUGAAGAAGAUAUUUCACAGCUUCGGCCCAGUCCAUUCAAUGACUCUUGUUUUUGAAACUCACAGGCCUCAUCUGUGUAUACAGUAUGAAGUCCUGGAAGCUGCCCAGCUGGCCAUAGAGUCCAUGAAUGGCACUGUAGUAGAAGGUUUCUGCAUCAAGGUGCAGAGGCCUGUGACGGAGUUCACCCUUGAGUGUGACAACCUUGUGAAGGAGCUAGAGCAAGAUUCUGAAAACCAAGGUACUCUUUACAUUGCUGGAGUGAAUGAAACCUUUAAAGUACAGCUAUUGCAGCAGUCCAACCUCUUCCUUGGCCUGAAAGCUGUGAUCCUGCCUAAAGAUGCUAAAAGCAGAGAGCAGAAAGACUACUGUUUUCUGAAGUUCAAAACUUUUGGCAAUGCAGAGAGGGCCCUUGAAAUACUCUCAGGCAAGAACUGGAAUCUGAAAGGCAGGCAUGCCCUAACCCCCAGGCACCUCCAAGUGUGGCUCAAGGGUUUACAGCUUGAAUCAGUAAGGCCCCCUAGACUUCAAGUUGUACAUCCUCUCUUGGAGAAGCAGACCUUUCAGACUCCAGAAGUAAACCAUCUGAAAAGACUAGCCUGUCGCUGGAGCCGGAAGAUUGAAAAGCUCUACUACAGUCUGAGCCCAGGUACCUUAUGCCUUAUUCUGUUGCCAGGAACCAAGAGUGCUUUUGGAUCACUCUCUGGCCUAGGAAUGAUGAAAAUAAAAGAUGAAGAGGAAUGUGACACCCCAAGCAUAUGUGAAUGAGUCCACCCAUCAUUUUUCAAGUACCAUUUCUCACCCUUUGUGGGAAUAUGGGUCAGGCUGCUGCCCUUUCAGAGGCUACCAGGCCUCUCCAUCCAGCAGACAGACAGCUUUGGUGUACAUGGCAUGUGAAAAUUUUCAAUAAAUGUUUAAAACUCAAACAUUUGCUCAUCUUAA